UCCUCCCUCAUUUUUCCCCCACCCGUUUCACUUGUGAACUGAAUUCUGCCCCCAUUUUUCAAUUUUCCAGUCGCAAGCAUCCCCUGUUUUUUCUCCCUAUUUCUCUCUGCUGCAACGCGCCGCCACGCCGGCGCGACCCCCCUGUGUUAGGGCAACGAACUUUGUUGUUUGAAUUCUCCAAUCGAUGACACGAAUUUCUCGCCCGAAGCUCCACCUUCGCAAGUGGGUAUUUUGAGAUUUCUGGCGCACGACAUCCCCUCUCCCAUUUUUCCGUCUCCUUCCCUCUCAAAAAUCUGAGAUUUUGGGCUUUAAUGGUUUCGCCGACCGACUUGUGUAUCAAUUCUAUCUAUUCAUUCUCCUUCGACUCUCUGUUUCUCUCAAAGGACUGGAGCAACACGAAAGUCCAUCGUCUCUUCAUUCCUCUCGGACUCUAAGCCCUCUGAAAGCCGCUCUCUCAAAACUCUCAAUUCAGCGAAGGAUACUAGUGUGACUAGUGUCACAACUUGCAAAUGAGCGUUUUUUUGUUUCAGCCAUUAUCUGAGUGACUCGUCAAAACAAAAAAGGUUUCUAGAAUUCCAGAGUAUUUUCCUCAUUUGCUCUACACUCAAGGAGAUGGCAUUUAGAGGAGGGCGAGGGCGAGGACGAGGUGGUGGUGGUGGGGCCUUUCAGUACGCCAAGCAAGAACCAUUCGAGCUUUUCCCAGAGAAUGUAACCCUACCCAGCGUUAGUGAUGUGCCUGAAGAAAAAGGCUUGGUUAUUUGUAACUCCAGGUUGCUGAAUUAUUGGAAGGCCUCUCCCUUUUUCCUAGAGGAGAAUGUCUUGAAAAAGAUGCAAAGAACCGAGAUAGAGAAGUUUUCUGAUAGAUCCAAGUUAAAUAGUACAUUGAAGCGUGACUCCCUCGCACAAAUUCUACAGCUCACAUCUAGGAACUUCCCUGAAGAAUUGGUUGAAGGUUUCAAAGGGAAGUUGCGGAACAAACGAAAAGUUCAAUGGAAUCCCGAGUCAGGGCUGCAAAAAUUGGACUUUCUCGAGAAGCGCGAAGAAUCUCUCAAGGGGCAGGACAAGGAUGACAAGGAGAAGAAAGAAGGAGAAGAAGGUGAAGACGAAGAAGACGAAGAGGACGAUGCACAGUCUGAGGAACUUACCGAUGAUGAUUAUUAUCAGAACGAAUACUUCGACGACGACGAAGACGAUUACAACAUGGAAGACGAUGGUGGAGAUGAACCAACAUAUUAGUCACACUAUGGAAAGUGGUGGUAAGAUUUGGAAGGCCAUUGGGGCUUGUUUCUCCAACUUCAAUCAUUUAAUUGGUAGGCCAUUUGAGUAAAAUAAGAUUCUUGUUUUUUUUUUUUUUUUGAGACUGUAAAGUAUUAUAUUUUUAAAUAAUU